AUGUCCACAAUGAGCCUCGCUUCAGAGGAUAAGCUUGUGAAUAGAUCAUUACCAUAUAGCAAGCAUCUCACCGCUACGCUGAAGCCCUUUAUCAUCGGUGGUGCCUCGGGACUCGUCGCUACAACAUGCAUUCAUCCUAUCGAUGUAAUCAAAGUGCGUCUGCAGCUUGCUGGACCAGGCGGAAGCCAACCAACGAGCUUAUUCUCAGUUGCCAGGGGCAUUGUGUCUCAAGGCAGGUUACUGGACUUGUACCAGGGCAUAUCAGCUGGCUACUUGCGGCAACUCGUUUAUGGCACAGCUCGCCUGGGCUUCUUCUACACGUUUGAAGAUGCGCUGAAGAAGCGAGCAUCAGCACAAAAUCGGGAUAUCAACUUCAUGGAGAGAGGCUUGGCGGGACUCUUGGCUGGAGGGUUGGGAUCUCUCAUUGGUACUCCUACAGAAGUCGCGUUAAUACGCAUGCAGAGUGAUGGGAUGAAGCCCCGAGCCGAGCGCGCCAACUAUCGCUCAGUAUUUGACGCUCUAUCAAGAAUUACACGAGCAGAGGGCAUUCGAGGACUGUGGAGUGGCGCAACUCCAACAGUCAUACGAGCAUGUUCGACAAACUUUGGUCAACUAACCUUCUUCUCCGAAGCCAAGCAUCAGCUUGCCACUCAUACGGACCUAUCACCGCACGCGCAGUCUCUUGCUGCUGCCGCGGUUGCAGGAACUUUCGCUGCUGUUCUAAGCUUACCGUUUGACUUUGUCAAGACUAGGAUGCAGUGGCAGAAUAAACAACAAGGAGGACGUAGUAUGCAGUAUACUGGCUUUUUUGACUGCAUAGUCAAGGUUGCGAGGAUAGAAGGUAUCGCGGCAUUUGGUCACGGAUUCGUACCAUAUUUCUUCAGGAUUGCUCCCCACGCGUGA